UUUCGGCCUGGCCCAACCACGUCCGUUUAUUCCUAGCAAAAGGCGAUUUCAAAGUCAACAACCGUCCACCAGAACCUGCUGUCGAUUAUUCAGACUGGUCGACCGGAAGCUCCGAAUUCCCACUUUGCGCGAUAACUUAGUCACUGAAACUGGGGCCCCGACACUUCCGCAUUACGCAAGCCUUUCUCUCCUCCGACUCAACGUACCGAGAGCUUGCGCGUCGCUCGCGGCACGAUAUCGCAUCGAAUAAUCUGUCCCAUCGAGCCGAAACUGUACGCACUAACCACGAUCUCCCAGAUCGAGCUUGGCCGACCCGACUCGAAGAACGACUAGGGUACAACUACAAGCACAACCUGAGCUUGGUGGACACUAAGCAGGGGAAGCAAGAGCAAAAAAUCUCGACUCAGGUCCGGCUCCCCAGACAGGCCCUCAGGGCGUUUGUUGUUGUUGAUCCUUACUGGAUACCGUACCCCAAUCUCGACCUUUGGUGUACUCGCUACCUGCCCGGUAGAGAGAUUAGCCCGAACCACGAUACCCAGAGGAGUAGAGUGAAACGCUAGAACAACAGAACAUAGAAAGAAACACCUGUCCACCCAGCUACACCGCUAUGCCUCUCGAUACUUCAGCAUAUAGCCUCGCGCUGUUGCGCGUCGACGGCCGCAGGUGGAACGAGCUGCGUCGCAUCCAUGCCCAGAUCCGCACCCAGGCCGCCGCCGAUGGCUCCAGUUACCUCGAGAUGGGCCACACCAAGGUCAUGUGUGUCGUUAACGGACCCAGCGAGCCCGGUCCUCGGAGGGGAGCCACGUCGGGCGGUGGUGGUGGCGGUGGUCAGUCCAAGAACGCCGAGGUUGCUGUAAACAUUGUCAUUGCCGGGUUUAGCUCGGUUGACCGUAAGCGAAGGGGGAGAGGUGAUAAGCACAUCCUCGAACUCCAAUCGACGAUAUCUCAAGCCCUCGCUGCCAGCUUACACACCCACCUCUUCCCGCACUCCACCAUCAACAUCUCCCUGCACGUGCUCUCGCAAGACGGCUCUUUGCUGGCCGCCCUCAUCAAUGCCGCCACGCUCGCCUGCGUCGACGCCGGCAUUCCCAUGACAGACUACGUCGCGGCCUGCACGGCCGGCUCGACGUCUACAUACGCGGCUAACGACGAGGGCGCCGACCCGCUGCUGGACAUGAACCACCAGGAGGAGCAGGAGCUGCCCGGCCUGACGGUGGCCACAUUGGGCGACAGCGACCGCGUGGCGGUGCUGGUCUGCGAGAGCAGAGUGCAGGUGAGUCGCCUGGAGGGCAUGUUGGCCGUGGGCGUGGACGGGUGUAAGCAGGUGAGGGAGAUCUUGGACAGGGUAGUGAGAGAGAAGGGGAUAAAGAUGAUACAGGAGGGCACGGUCGAGAGAGGGGUUGGGUUGAAUGACAUGGAACUGGAUUGAAUGGACACUACUGAAUCAAUGGUUGGGCUCCGGGUCACAGAAUCGGAUAUGGUACGGUAGGUAGCAUUACAAAGGCUUGGAGCAAAAAAGAAUAGGCAACAUGACGAAUUUGACGAAUUUCACGACUAUCAAUGUAAUCAAAAGUACAGCUCUUGGUCAGGUGAGCAACAUGUCGUUUCUGUUAAACGUGCGCCAACUUUUGAAAGCGUUCUCCGAAACUGAAAGGUACCAAAAAACCUUCAACUUUUGACCAGCCAUUCACUGACACAAGUCACAGCAAACUACGCUUUCACCAAUCUCUCACAGCUCAUCGUGACCACUGGCCGUCUUCGACUGGGCCUCAGGCGUCUCCCCCUCCUUUGAAGCAGCCUUCUCAGCCUUACCAGACUCUUUCUUUUCCUUCUUCUUCUCCUCCUCCUCCGUCGAAGAAGCCUCAACAACAAUACCCUCCGGCAGCUUUUUCUUGGUGCCCUCGCUCAACCUAAUCGCAUCAAUCCACGCCUCCACCUUGUCAUGAUCCGAGAAAUCAUCUCCCUCACCAACAGCGUCGUAGCGUCUCCACCAUCCGCGACGGGCGUUGAUGACGAUGAGUUCAAUGUCAGCAUCCUCCUUGAGGCCAAGGGAUUUGAGAAGGGACGCGCCGGCGGGGUUGGUGUCGAGGGGCACCUCGUAAAAGGGGAAGAGCUUGUGUUGGCCGAGGGCAUAUUUGAAUUUUAUUUCGGCGAGGUGGGUGAGGGCCUUUUGGGCUUUUUCGUUGGAAGAGGAUACCAGCGCGAGAAGGCAGGUGCUGGAUUUGGACGUGAGGCAUUCCUUGACGAGCUUUUCGGGGGUGUUGAGGGAGGGGAUGGGGAGGGCGGUGUGGAUUAUUACGGGAAUCUCUUGGGUUGGGGCAGGGGUUUCGGAGGACGUUUCAGAGGAGGUUUCGGAGGAGGCGACCUUCUUGGAGUCUUGCUUUCCGUUUUUUUCACCACCGUUGGCCUUGCCGUUGGCCUUACCAUUAGCCUUGCCAUUAGCCUUGCCAUUAGUCUUGCCAUUAGU